AGGGAACUCCUCCAAGACUGUUGGAAAAGUGUUCCAGAACCCUCUGACAACUUGCGUGAAAUCCUUCAAAAUGUCGCCAAGCCACACGGCAUCACCAACAUGCGGAAACUGGGCCACCUGAACAAUUUAAUAAAGCUGCUAAGCAGCAUUGGCCAUUGCGAGGAGAAGUUUGGGUUUACAUAUGAAGAAAUCAUCAUCUGCCUGCGGUUAGCCUUGCUGAACGAGGCCAAGGAGGUGCGUGCUGCAGGGCUGAGGGCUCUGAGGUACCUCAUCAGAGACAACAAUGUGCUGCAAAAGGUCCUCAGACUGCAGGUGGACUACUUGGUCGCCAGGUGCAUUGACAUCCAGCAGAGCAAUGAGGGGGAGAGGACUCAGGCCCUCCGGCUGGUCAGAAAGAUGAUCACAGUGAACCCCCUGCUGUUCCCCAGCUCUGUCACCAACUCUCUGAUCGCCGUGGGAACAGACGGGCUGCAGGAGAGGGACCGCAUGGUCCGUGCCGCUAUCGCCAUCGUCUGCGAACUGGCGUUGAAGAACCCGGAGGUAGUGACCAAGAGGGGGGGUCUCAGCGCCAUCUUAAAGAGUGUGAUUGACUGUCAGCUGAGCCGCAUCAAUGAGGCUCUGAUCACCACCAUCCUCCACCUGCUCAACCAUCCACACACCAGGCAAUACAUACGCAAUGAUGUGGAGCUGGAGCAAAUCCUAGCACCUUUCACAGACUUCCACUACCGCCACAAUGCCGACACAUCAGAGAGCCAGCUCAAGGAGGACCGUGAAGCUUGUUUCCUGUCCAGCAGGAUGGCUAUAGUAGCUUCCUUCCGUUCCUGGUCUGGUAUCAUUAACCUCUGUAGGGCCGGGAACUCUGGGAUCCAGUCCCUGAUUGGUCUGCUGUGUAUACCAAAUAUGGAAGUGAGGGAAGGUUUAAUGGAGGUGUUGUAUGAGAUAUUCAGGCUUCCUCUCCCCAUCGUAACCCAGGACUUUACUGAAGCACUUCUCAGCGUGGACCCCAGUAGGUGCCAGGACAGCUGGAGACUGUCUGAUGGUUUUGUGGCUGCAGAGGCUAAAGUCAUCCUGCUCCAUGGAGCCAGGUCCAGGCCUGACCUGAUAGAUAACUACCUGGCCUUGUUACUGUCUGCCUUCAUCUCCAGUGGCCUGCUAGAGGGUCUGGUAGAGGUGGUGACCAGCAGUGAGGCCCAGAUAUCAGUGAGAGCCACCAUCCUACUAGGAGAACUACUACACAUGGCCAACACCAUCCUCCCUCACUCCCACAGUCACCACCUGCACUGUCUGCCCACCCUCAUCAACAUGGCUGCCUCUUUUGACAUCCCCCAGGAGAAACGCCUUCGGGCGAGUGCGGCGGUCAACCACUUGAAGUGUUUCCAUGACAAGAAGAAGCAAGGACCCAAACCCCAUAGUCUGUAUCUCGACCAUAUCAUCCGCAAGUCUGUGACACACACACGAGUACACAGAGACAUCUAUACUAUUAUGGACACAGAGGAAGCACUGAUGUUGAACCUGAGGGACAGUCAGAUCCUCAACCACAAACAGAACCUUGACUGGAACUGGCUCCUCAUCGCAACCAUCCUCAAGUGGCCCAACAUUAACCUCAGGAACAACAAAGAUGAACAGAUGCACAAGUUUGUGCGGAGGCUGCUGUACUUCUAUAAGCCCAGUAGUAAGCUGUAUGCAGGUCUGGAGCUAGACCAUCCUAAAGCCAGACAGCUCACUCUGGUAGGAUGCCAGUUCAUCGAGUUCCUCAUAGAGUCUGACGAGGAUGGCCAGGCAUACCUGGAGGAGCUGGUGAAGGACAUGGUGGCCUGGCUGUCCUUGUCCUCUGGCCUGAAGCCUGACCCCUGUCUCCAGAGCAACGGGCUGCUCACCACCCUCAGCCAGCACUACUUCCUGUUACUGGGGACCCUCUCAGCCCACCUACACGGGAUUAAACUGCUAGAGAAGUGCAGCCUCUUUCAGUGUCUGCUGAACCUGUGCUCUGUGAAAAACCAGGACGUUGUGUUGAAGCUGGCUGUGUCUACUCUGGACUACAGCAGAGAUGGACUGGCCAGAGUCAUCCUUUCCAAGAUCCUCACUGCCGCCACUGAUACGUGCAGGCUGUAUGCCACCAAGCACCUGCGUGUGUUGCUGAGGGCAGGGGUGGAGUUCUUCAGUAACUGGGGCAUGGAGCUGCUGGUCACCCAGCUGCACGACCACAGCAAAGCUGUCUCCUUGGAGGCCCUGGACAUACUGGACGAGGCCUGCGAGGACAAGGCUAACCUCCAUGCUCUGAUCCAGCUCAAACCAGCUCUGUCCCACCUGGGAGACAAGGGCCUUCUACUGCUCCUCAGGUUCCUGUCUAUUCCUAAGGGCUUCUCUUACCUCAACGAGAGGGGCUACGUCAGCAAACAGUUGGACAGAUGGCAGAAGGAGUACAACCUGAGGUACGUCGAUCUGAUAGAGGAGCAGCUGAAUGAAGCGUUAACUACAUACCGUAAACCUGUGGACGGAGACAACUACGUCAGACGCAGCAACCAAAGGUUACAGAGACCAAAUGUUUAUCUUCCUGUGCACUUGUAUGGUCAGCUGGUCCAUGAUAAGACAGGCUGCCAUCUACUGGAGGCUCAGAGUGUGGUUCCUGACCUCAGCUACACGGUUCGCUGCCCGAUGCUGGACACCUGGGAGGGCAUCAAACAGCUGAAGGCAGCCCUCUGGGCUCUGGGUAACAUUGGCUCAUCCAACUGGGGUCUGAACCUGCUGCAGGAUGAGAACGUCAUCCCUGACAUCCUGGCUUUGGCACAACACUGUGAGGUCCUGUCCAUACGUGGGACUUGUGUGUACGUCUUAGGCGUGAUCUCCAAGACACGGCAGGGCUGUGAAGUGUUGAAACGGUAUGGCUGGGAUGCGGUCAGACACAGUCGGCGGACGCUGUGGCCCGUCACCCCUGACGAGGUGGACACACUGAUGACCUCUGAACUCUCCUCCGUACCAAGCACGCUCAGUCUCGACUCCGAGUCCACUAGCUCCCAACACAAUAGCGAGAGCGAGUCCCAGCCCCACAUGUACAUCCUGGAUGAUUACAAGUGUGACAUGUUGGACCAAUCAAACGAUGCCUCCCUCUACCUGCACUCCAAACCCGGGAAGGACCGCAGCCCCUUCACCAUCCUGGCCUCGACCCGCUUCGUACGCAACCGCUUCCUCAACUCCCUGACCCUCCCCAGAAAGAAGCUGCGCUCCACCAGUGACCCCAAGGCAGUGGGGGGCAGCUGCACCCCCACCGAGCCCAAACUGGGGGGGCUGAGAAGGAACAGGACGGUCACAGAGCCCUCUAUCUACUCCUCAUCGCAGGGCGACGUGUUUACGCCUGUAUUCAAUGGGAGAGGCUUACCCAAGAGUCCCACAGUCAGCCUGGAAACCUCCUUUGUGGUGACCAGCGGCUCGGGGGAGGGGUCAGAGGGGCAGCUGGUAGAGAGGAGGCUAGACCAGGCUGGUGGAGGGGGUACUGGGCUGCGGGGUCCUGGAGAGCCUCCCUCCAGGGAACAGAGUAGCCGGGAACGUCUAGCGGGAGGAGAUGGUGGUUCCUCUUCCUCCGGAGGGGGGGGAGGAGGAGGGGGAGGAGGAGGGGGAGGGACUCAGUUUAAAAGCCGCAGUCAGAGCUUCAACACCACCACUAGCGGCAUCAGCUCCAUGAGCUCCAGCCCCUUCCGUGAGACCGCUGGAAACCCUGAGCCCGAACCAGACUCCUCGGACUGCGUCAGCCUUAACACAGUGGUCUCGGCCAAGACCGUAAAAAUGCUGUACUCCCUCAGCCCAACCCAGGCCCAGACCAACCACCUGCCCCUUUCCAAGUCUAACUCUGUCUCCCUGUUCCCCGCUGGCUACUCACAUACCCUCCCCCGCAGAUCCCAGAGUCUCAAGUCUCCCUCCAUGACGGCUAUUAAGAGCCUGGCGGACUGCAGUUUCAUGUACACCAGCCCGCGGGAUGCGCUAGGCUAUGCUACUCUGAAGAAGCUGCAGCAGCAGAGGAUCCAUCCGUCUCUGUCUCAUAGUGAGGCGUUAGCGUCGCCCGCUAAAGACGUACUGUUCACUGACGCUAUCACUAUGAAGACUGGUAGUCUGGACUCGAGGCUGAUGCCGCGCAGGUUGUCUGCUAAGAGGGUCAGCUGUCCAGUUGUCCAGCCACACCGCAGGAUGUCCAUCUCUAUGCCUUGGUUUCUGAAGGCGUUGAGCUUUGCGUCUCUGGACAAGGAGGAUCUGCUCAGCCCCAUCAACCAGAGCACUCUGCACCGUUCCUCCUCAGUGAGAUCCAUGGUGUCCAGCGCCACCUACAGCUGUAAUGACGACUACGUGGGCCUGGCGCUGCCCAUGGACAUCAACGACAUGUUCCACAUCCGAGACGCGCCUUACUUCCAACAGAAGACCAGCCUGCCUGCCGACGACAAGUGCCCAUUCUACUUUGGAGACUCUGAAUGUGACGGUGGUCGUCCCUAUCCCCGUAUUCCACUGCUGAAGCAGCAGUUCAGUAUCUCAGAGCUGAUGGCCAGCAGAGAGAACAACCAGAACCACAUCCUGGGUGUAGAGGAGACGGGUCUACAGGAACACACUGAUGACAACUGUCUCUACUGCGUAGGAACUACUGUACUGGGCCACCACACACAGCCUCAGAUCAACAACACAUGCAGAGGUGGCAAGGGGAUAUCUUACGACGGCCCGGCCUGUCGGGUUCUGCUGAGGAAGGAAGUGCUUCGCCUCGUCAUCAACCUCAGCUCUUCUGUUGGAACCAAGGGCCACGAAACAGGACUACUGACGAUAAAGGAGAAGUUUCCCUAUGCGUUUGAUGAUAUCUGUUUGUACUCUGAGGUGUCUCACUUGCUGGCCCACUGUAUGUUCCGCCUGCCAUCUCGACGCUUCAUACAGGAACUCUUUCAGGAUGUACACUUCAUACCGAUGUACGAGGAAGCAGAAGUGAUCCUGUCGAAGCCACCAAAGCCUGUCGGAGUGGAUAUAGACCGUCCCACGGAAUCCUGAUCAUCGUCCCCAUCGUCCCCAUCCCCACCCCGUCUCCCUGUCAACCCCCCUCCCUCCAACCUUCACAUAGAGAUAACGACAGCAACGGAGUGGGAGAAUAGAGGGAGCGGCAGGUAGCCUGGUGGUUAGAGCGUUGGACUUUUAACCGAAAGGUUGCUAGUUUUAAUCCCCGAGUUGACAAGGUAAAAAUGUUUCUGCCCCUCAACAAGGCUGUUAACCCACUGUUCCUAGGCCGUCAUUGAAAAUAGGAAUUUGUUCUUAACUGACUUGCCUAGUUAAAUAAAGGUAAAGAAAAUGGGGGGUGAAGAGAAUGAGGAACGGGGCUAAAACAGGAUGGGAUACCCACAGUAUGUUGUUGAAGCUUAGGAUGGAGGGAGCACGGAUGAGAGGAGCGGAGGAUCAUGGAUGUUAAAGAACGAGGAAAAGGGUUGUCUCCCUCCCAUCGCUUAAAAAAAAAGAGGAGAUGGACUGUCUGAGAACAAAUGAAACCUGACACACCUCGUCCUGUUCCUCCCCAUCUCCAACAGGGGGAGCAGUUUUCCCAAAAAGGGGAUGUUUAGUCCGUCCAGGUCAGUGCUGGUCCCAUCCUCUUCUCCCUCCAUAUGGAAACACUACAGAAGGUUCCAGGAGCCUCCCUCAUAGUCAUACCCUCAGUAUGUUUCUCCUGUGUCCCCGUGCGUUUAUCCAUUUCAACUCUGCUCAAAGACUCGUUCUAGUUCAAACAACUGUUUUUCUAUUCAUUUCUACAGACAAUCAAACAUCAGUAGUGUUUUUUUAUUAUUUAACCAUCACUCUCUUCCCAUCUGGACACAUAAAACAGAACUUCUGUGCCUUGCUGUCUGUUAAGCCUUGUGUAAUUCCUCUGUCUCUGACCCUGGUCUGAAAAGACACUGCUUCUGACAAUGCCAACAGCCGUGUUCUCUCACCUUUCAUUGGUUAUUUUUAUGGAUGUUGUCAGAAACUGCCAUGAAAUAUGCUGGUACGUAACGUGUAGUGUAUUAUUGUUUCAUCGAUUGUACAUAUUCAAAGAGCGAGAGGCUACAGCACCUGGUUGCCCUUCCCAAACCCUACCUCUGUGCUUUGUUCUUACUGCAUGUGCAAACAGCAUAUUGAAAUAUUACAUCAUCAUUGUCACUAUUCUUCUGGAAAUUAUUAAUAUAUUUCUUCCAAAUGCUUCUAAUACUUUCAUUGUCUUAAAUCAUGAUAGGUUGUCAUCACUUAUUUACAAACUGGGGAAAGUAACGGUCCCUAAGUUAUUUUCUCAAUGCAACAUUGCUGUCUAUCAUUGGCUGAGAUGAGGGACAGGUAGAUGUGAUAUUUUAUGGAUUGGCAUAAGAUUUUCAUGGGAAACGUUUUGUUUUGCUAUUAUGCUGCUACACAUGUGGACUUAUAGGGAUGAUUUAUAGAUUGGCUGAGUGAUGUGAGAUCUAUUUAUUAUAUAUCUGUACAAUAGCAGAGAGAGAGAGAUGAGAGAAGAGAAAAUGUAUUUAUUUUUUCCUUGAUACUGUAUUAUAAUUUUAAAUAUUUUUUUUAUUUUUUGUUGCCUGAAUCGUGGUUUCCCUUGUGUAAUGUGGGUCGUGUGUUUUGGGGUAUUUCUGACCUAUAGAAGCAUACACUCUAUCAAAGGGAUGCAUUGUUAAUAAAAACUAAUGUCAUGAACAAUCCAAA